UUAUUAUUACCUACUACUUUGCUCAAGGAAACGGAUUAUAAUAAUAAUAAUAAUAAUAAUAAUAAUAAUAAUAAUAAUAAUAAUUACACAUAUCGUUUGUUGCAGUAGUGUUGUACAGUCAACCAACGUUUCGUCGCAACGAAUGUCGCCGUUCACUGCCGCCUCCGCCGUUCACAGAUCGCGAUCGACACGCCGUGCGCAAUCAUCAUCACUAUCGAUACGCGAACAACGUUUUAGAAUUAUGUUCUUACGGUAAUGUGUAACGUAAUAUAAAUCCGUCGUCGUCACUCUCGCAACAGUUACCGUCGUACUCGCUACACACACACACACACACGCAUACAUAUUUAUAUUGUACAUUCGAGGUACAUAUAAUACACACACACACACACACACACACACACACAUACACAUCACAUCACAUCACAUCACAUCACAUCACACUAGUUUUGUUCUUUGGCACUCUUGUCCGCCGCGCAGGGUCUGCUAAAACGUCUGUACUCGCGUUUUGAACGACUAACGUCUUUCGUCCGUCCGUCUGACCGAACGGUGCCCGACACCGUCACAGACAUCUAUCUACGCGAACGGCAGCCCGUCAUACAUACGAUAUCCCGCUAUGGCCAAGACCUACGACUACCUGUUUAAGUUGUUGCUGAUCGGUGACUCGGGUGUGGGAAAGACGUGCGUGUUGUUCCGUUUCAGUGAAGAUGCAUUUAACACGACGUUCAUAUCUACCAUAGGCAUUGAUUUCAAAAUACGUACCAUUGAAAUGGAUGGCAAGAAAAUUAAAUUACAAAUUUGGGAUACUGCUGGCCAAGAACGUUUUAGAACAAUUACAACAGCUUAUUACCGCGGUGCCAUGGGAAUUAUGUUAGUAUAUGAUGUUACCAAUGAAAAAUCAUUUGACAACAUUAAGAAUUGGAUACGUAACAUUGAGGAAAAUGCAUCAGCUGAUGUAGAAAAAAUGCUGCUAGGGAACAAAUGUGAACUUAAUUCAGGGCGUCAGGUAUCAAAAGAACGUGGUGAACAAUUAGCAGUAGAGUAUGGUAUAAAAUUCAUGGAGACAUCAGCAAAAGCUAGUGUCAAUGUGGAGGAGGCUUUUCACACUUUGGCCAGAGAUAUCAAGACAAAAACAGAAAAGAAACUGAAGGAAGCAUCAAAUCCCCCCAAAGGUGGUGUACAAUCUAGUGGUGGUCACCAUUUAAGGGAUAAUAACGGAACAAAGAAACUUGGUCAAGGUGGUGGAAGUGCAGCUGCACUCAAUUGGUUGUCAUCAAGAUGUACAGUACUCUGACCACGAUUAGCAUAUCAUGGUUCAAUUAAACAACAACAAAUGUACACCUUGAAUACCAAUGUCAACAUGACCGUUAAUUAAAAAAAUUAUUAUAUUGUCUUUCUCUAAUACUAAUAAUUGUUUUUAAUGGAAACUGAAUCUCUCCGGUAUUAUGUAUUUCUUAAUUAUAUGAAAAUACGAUCUUUCAA